UUAGUCAAGGGGGUACCAAAAACAGAUUUCGUCAAUCAAAAUGCCAGCCAAGCUUCAUCAUUAUUGAAGCAUGGCACAAAGGUCCAUACCAACGAAGACCAUGAUGAACCCAACAGACCGAUGUGAGAUACAACAGUUUUCUGUGCUUUUGUCAAGAUACGUUGACCAGAAAAUUGGGUCAGAAGAGGUCGUUAACUUCAGGAAGAAAACCAUACUUUUAUCUGAAAAAGUUCAUAAUACUAGCUCUGAUGAUGUAAGUGUGUUUCGCACAGGAAAUACCUUUGAGACAAGUGCAAGUUUAUUAAAUACUAAUGUCAUGUUGAUAGACAAUCUUGUUACUGUCUUGUUACCAGGGCAACACGUUCCUAUGGAUAGUAUGCAUAAAACCAUAAUUUAUAUGACGGAGACAGAUUGUCCACCUGGGUAUAGGGUGUUACAGCUCGGCCACCUUGGCAGGAGACAAAGCAGUUGGUUGAUUAAUUCACUUGUUCCUGUUGGAGACACGACGUUUGUAAACAACGAUAUCUCUUUAAGGAUGGACGUUUACGGAAUGAAUUCUGCAUCCGAAAAUAUACCAAGAAGUGGUCAUAUGGCUAAGUCAUUUGAUAUGAUUCUUUGUCUGAAAUGCAACAAUUGGCCAAAGGAGGCACAUGGAUUUGCAAUCCGCACACGCAUGUAUAGCUGGCCUAAUCAAAUACUGGUAGACAAAAUUAUACACGAAGGCUGUGAGCUUGUUCCACUUGGAGACAAAUUUUCCAGUAAUUCAGUUUUACAGUGGAAGGUCACAUUUGCAGGCGCUGAGAGACGUCUGCUUUACUCUCUCAAUAACACUCAACGGAAAGUUUACAUUCUGUUGAAACAUCUCUUGCAAGAAAUUGAACGGGAAUUGACUGAUGCUGGAGUAGAAGAUGAAAUACUAAGCUUGUCUGUGGUGAAAACUGCAGCGUUUUUUGCGAUUGAGAACUCUCACCUGAACUUCUGGCAGGAACAUAAUUUAUUCUUUUGUUUUUGGUUUUGCUACACGCUAUUGCUAUCAUGGCUCAAGUCGGGUCAUUGUCCAGACUUCUUCAUUCAAUCCAAAAAUGUGUUCGGGAGACCCGUUCAUGAACGUAAUCAGCAGAACUUGUUGGGAAUUUUGAAUGAUUUUCACCAGAAAAAAUGGAUGUGUCUGUCUUUUGUGAAAUUUUUUGGUCCGUCAAUCUUAGAACAGCUUUCCAGUGACAGUGUCCGGGACGAACUGGUACGUGCUCAAACAGCAGCUAGUAUUGAGUGGCAGCGAGAUUUAGGCCUAAUGGAAUGCUUGAAAACAGAUAUAUCUUUAGGUGGGUCAUCAGAGACAAAGAAGCAGUUAUCCAAGGCCGUGAAAUUUCUUCUCAAGUCGCAGACUGAAAGUGAUGAAAUCAUUUCCUACCACAAAAUUAGUGUUACACUUUCAAAAUUGGCAAUCGAAACAUAUCAAAGUCGUCCCGAUGCUACUGGCAACAAAUCCAGAUACAAGCGUUUGAAAAAAUGCAAACAUUUGCUUUUACCAAGAGCUGCUAUUGGAACAAAUCUCUUAUACAUGGCAACCUUUCACUACCAUUUGGGAACCUACAGAACAUCACUUGAUAUUUGCAGGCUUGUUUUGUCAAAUUCCUACUUCCAUACGUCUUUACAAAGUCCUAGACAAUCUUCAAGAUACAUGGAUGCAUUCUGUUCAAAAGGUUAUACUUUGUACCAUAAACUUAAGUCAUCCUACACAGCAGCACUCGAAUUAGAGGAACAUUUUUCUCUUCCUCACCUUCAUCUAGAGAUUUCAAAAUGUCGUGAUGGGAUGCCCAUACCACCGCGCCCGUAUGCGGCGUUCCUGGCCUUUAUGUGCUGUCAUGAACUCGGGGAUACACAGGGACGUGAUGAAGCGCUACGUGAAAUGGUUGUGGUCAAGUAUGACGAGGAACAUGGUGGACACAAGCACUGGAUAGUGCAUACGUUUCUUGGAAUAUGUUAUCAAACUCUAGGAGACAAUCGAAGGGCUAUCAGAUCUUAUACAGACUCCUGUAAUUCACCUGCCCCAUUUCAGGAGUUAAAUCCUGUCAUGGAGAGGUUAGAAGCCAUAAAACGUUCUGAGACUGGAUAAUGAAGUGAAAACGUUUAGGUAGUCAAAUAUCCAACGAUGUCUUAAAAAUAUCACCAACGGACUAAAUCUGAAAAAAAAACUCUUGACUGUUCUGCACUUUCGCGUCUGUGGAAAAAGAUAUUAGUAAGACAAACUCAAACGACAUAGCAGAGUCCUCUGACUCAAACAACAGAGCUGAGUCUUUGACUCCAAAGACACAGCAGAGUCUUUUGACUCAAAAGUCACUGCAGAGUCUCGUAGGAUUCCGACGAUGUGGUAGUCUAUGAUACAAAUCAUUUGUUAUAGGUAUGUAAACACAAACUCUUGUUAUGAAAUUUUUGUUCUCGGUAUUACAUUGUAGUAUUGAGAGUUGACUCCCCUGGGCUAUCUCGGGAGGAGAAAUGAUACAGGCAGGGUGGUCAUCUUAAUGUUAUCAACAAACGGUAUGACAUUGAGUAUAAAAGGUUCAUGGCCGACGGUCUAUGAAGUUGUUUUCGUUUUUUGAGAUGGUUAUCAAAUAAAUAUAAUUCUUAUACCCAAUAAUUAAGCAAUACACACACAUUUACUCUAUUAAUUUACGCAAGCCAUUUUUAGUGUAACUGUUCUGUCUUUGAAAUACAAUUAGAUGUAAUGGCCAUUUCAUUUACACUAAAAUCACAAAACGUUAAUACGAAUUGAACCUAUUAGAUAGCGACUUGGAGUUCUCACGAGGUUCAGUGAUGCAUUGUCCAGAAACAGGCCAUUUCUUUAAAAUAUAACUAACAAAGAGCCUCACAAUGGGGAUCAAUACUCACAUCACAAAGGUUUUUGGAGUACACGCUGAAAGAGAAAGAAUGCAUGUAGGUCAUAUGGAUUAUAUGUUCUGUAGUAUAUGCCUUGUUAUGAUUUUUGUUUUUUUUCCUUUUGUUUUACAAAUAUUCCCUCGGUCCUAAAUCUUACAUGAUAUAGUCACAACGUUAAGACAAUGACAUGAUUUUUAGACGUACCGGCUUCGGAAAGUAUGCAAAAUUUUACCGUUCUAAUAGAGAGCGUUUUAUCACUGUCGUGUAUGUGGUCCGGAGGGAACAUUUCAAGAUGGCGUCGUGUAGACAGCCGAGCAGCUACGUAUUGGAGAUACGUUUUUCCGAAAUGUUUCACACGAUGUAAGCAAAGUUUUCGACAUCAGCAUGUAAGCUGGCGAAUGUAUUUAAAUGGAAAAGUGACUUGUAUUUUUUAUGCUUUGAGAUCCGACAACGAAGUGAUGACUUUUCCCCACAAUUCCAGUGUGUCUUUUAUACAUAUGACGAUUACAAUAAAAUGAAAGGCUGCAUAUUAGCCUUGUAUGUUGAAUGAUGUAUUUUUAAUCGAUUUUAUGCCAAGAUUUAUAUGACUAUUUGUGCUAAGAUGAAAUGGUGUGUCAGUAUGAUAUCUGUAACAUAGGGACAAGAAAACUAGUAAGAGAUGCAUUUUUUUGUUUUGCUUUUCAAUCCUUCUGACUUCAAAUUCUCGCUUACUCUCAUCAUCUACGCAUUAAUAUCCCAUAAAUUUUGAAGCUCGUGCGUACCUUUCAUAUGGAUUAAGGUCUGCAUCAUUUCUGUCAUAAUGUCUCCACGGCCUAAAAUUGCACAAUGAAUCAUAGGAUUAUAAGGAAUUAAAUCAGAAUAUUGAUGUGUGUUUUGUCGCCAACAUUUUUUCCGUACCAUGUGCACGGCAGUGUUUAUAGCAGUGUGAAUUUUGUUUAAACAAUCCAACAAAACCUAACAAACUGCCUAUAUCAUCAGCCUGGCACAACUGAGCCGCUUGAACUUUUAUCGCAGAUCGUACUGGGAUCUUCCGACUGUUCGAUAGUCCAAGUACUUUCAAAAUAUCCAUGUACAUGUGGGAAUAGAGCAUAAUAGAAGUCUUAAAUAUUUCCAAGAGAAUUAACAAUCGUACAUAAAUAGUCGUUGCCAAAACUUAUUGAAACAGAUCACUUUCAUUUAAAAUGACUUGGUACAGAUGCAGACAUAAAGGACAGUGUAUUUGAAUUUUAUCGUGUAAUCCGCCUGUUAUC